ACACGUGGAACGCGUAAACGUGUUGGAGACUCGAACACAUCUCAAGCACGGGAUGAUUUAAUCUGAGACAGAACGCAAACAGGAGGAGGAGGAGGAGGAGGAGAGUUAAUCUAAUCUGAUUAUGGAGCUCGACUUUAGGAGCGGGCUGCUCCAGGACGCGCAGCGCGCACACGGCACCAUGCGGCUUCUCCCGAGUCUCAGCCCCGAUUAAACCGUGUCCGGGCAAUACUUCGGACAGGUUUGUGUUUCCUUGGAGGAAAGGAGGACAGGAUGAACGGAGAAGAUGGAACUUUUUUUAUGACAAUUGUUUUUAUGAUCACGCCGUGAGUGCAUGCAGAUGCGUGAGUUCAGAGGUGAACAGGUUCGAUGUUGCUGAUGAGGGACCAGGAGGAUGGUGGAGGCUCUUCACCGAGCCAGCUCAAAGUCAAACCCAAACUCAACUCAACCCAAAUCCACCCCGCCAGCAUCACCCAGGAUCCGUCGGAUAUCCCGGACGACGACUCCGACCAAGAUCUGGGGUCGUGUGAUUAUUCUGAAGUUGACUAUGAUGAGUUCUCCGACUCGUCCGACACACGGAGCAUCGCCUCGGAUGACUCGUUUUACCCGCCGGAUGAAGAACUCACGGAGUCGGAGCGCACCCCGACCCCCGGCACGCUGUCGCUCUUCCGGGCCUGCUGCAGCAACAGCGCGCCCACCGUCCGGGCUCUGAUCCGACAGGGUGUGGCGCAGCACGAGGUGCGAGAAAUGGACAAGAACAACCGGACUGGGCUGAUGGUGGCGUGUUAUCAUGGCUACGUGGACGUAGUCAUCGCACUUUCUCUGUGUCCUCACCUGGACGUGAACUGGCAGGACAACGAGGGCAACACGGCCCUGAUCACAGCUGCACAGGCCGGCCACAUCACCAUCACUAACUACCUGCUCAACUACUUCCCCGGCCUUGACAUUGAAAAGCGAAACUGUCACGGUUUCACUGCGCUGAUGAAAGCUGCCAUCCAGGGCAGAACGGACUGUGUCCGAGCGCUCAUCAUGGCAGGAGCUGAUCUGGAAGCCAGAGAUAACGGGCGUAAGCUGACUCCUUACGACUGGGCGCGGUUCACUGGACGUUACGAGACGGUGUUCAUCAUGCAGCGGCUCAUCCAGCGGCCAUGUCCUGAACAGUGCUCCGACUCGUACCAGCCCGAGUGGCCCUUAUUACCAGCUCUGGUGGCCAAAUCGCAACAGCACAAAGGCUGUGUCCAGAAGAUGAUGGAGACUCUGCGCAACUUUUUUGACAUCAGCAACAUGACUGAAGCUUCAGAAGACGGCGUCUUUGACCACAUGGUACAGAUGACAACGGCACUAGGCAGCCCGUUUGUCGCUGUAUCCUGUCGGACGGUAUGUCCCAGUAGUCCGCCGUGCGUCGGAAAACGUCGCUACUCGGUCCAGGAGAUCCUAAAAAAGCAGCGCAUGCAGCAGCUCAAAGGACUCGGACCUGAAAACCUGGAGAACUACAAACGCUUCUUCCAGAAUUCUUGCGUCACUCUGGUGCCUAAAUCCAAAGACAGGCGUGCUAGCCUUCAGCCCCAGACUCCACAGGACUCCUCAGCGCUCCGGAGAGGAAGUCUCCUCCCGCUCCACCUGGUGAGACGGAGCAGCGUGAGACCGGGCCUGGUGGUGCCCAAGCUGCGGAUCACCAAAGCUCCGACGGUAACACAGGAGCCCGAGAAGAAGCGGCGCAAAAGUAGCUGCAACAGCAACCAGUUCCUCCAGGUGCCCAAGUGGAGGUACAAAGAACUUAAAGAAGAACGAAAGAAGGCAGAAGAAGCCGAGAAGAAACGACUGGAGGUGAUCACUAAGCAACAUCUCGCUGGUGGUAAACAGAAGUAA